GCAUUGUAUCAUCCAUCAUCAAAGCGGACGAGCCCAUCCUCUGCUUCUCAUCAUCCACCUUCUGCCUUGCUUAAUCCAUCGUCGCUUUUAAUUCUUGACGUACUGUAACACCACCUCUUUCUCUUGCUGUGUUUUUUCAGAUUCUCCUUCGACCGUCGAUUUCCCAAACCAAGAACAGUCUUGCCGAUUGGCCUCCGAAUCAUGGAUGCCCUCGUUGCUCAAUACACUCAAUCUCCCUUUGCCAGCGAAGGCUUCGAUUCAGAAGAACAAAAUGAUUACACCGACACAGUACCUUCACUAUCCCUCAAAUUUGCCUUACCUCCAGUCGCUCGACCCUCUGCAUUCUUGCGAGCAACCACAGACGACCACGCCAACCCGAACUGCCCGAUCAAGAUCGCACACGGUACAACAACACUAGCUUUCAGAUUCAAAGGAGGUAUCAUUGUUGCAACGGAUUCGCGAGCAACAGCUGGAAAUUGGAUCGCCUCGCAAACGGUGAAGAAGGUCAUCGAGAUCAACCCUAUGCUGCUUGGGACGAUGGCGGGAGGAGCUGCUGACUGUCAAUACUGGCUUGCUUAUCUUGGUAUCCAAUGCCGUCUACAUGAGCUUCGACACAAGCGACGUAUCUCGGUGGCUGCUGCUUCAAAAAUUCUGGCCAACUUGGUGUAUUCAUACAAGGGAAUGGGGCUGUCAAUGGGUACGAUGAUUACUGGAGUCACACCUCAAGAAGGACCUGCGCUGUACUACAUCGAUUCAGACGGAACGAGACUAUCAGGCAAUCUUUUCUGUGUUGGAUCCGGUCAGACAUUCGCCUACGGUGUGCUAGAUGCUCUCUACAAGUACGACCUCGAAGACGAUGAAGCGUUGGAACUGGGCAGGAGAAGUAUUUUGGCAGCAACUCACCGGGACGCAUACUCGGGUGGCUACAUCAACCUGUACCAUGUGAAGGAGGACGGAUGGGUCAAGCACGGUUUCUCCGACACGAACCCCAUCUUCUGGCAGACGAAGCUGGAGAAGGGUGAAUUCUCCAAUGUGACGAGCGAGCUCUAGUGAGUCCGCGGACUGUGAAUGAUGGCGUGGGUAUUUGCUAGCUAGGGGCCAAGUGUACAAUCAUACUCGACGGGUGUGUACCAGAUGGCUUUUUUCCGGUGUAUUACAAUCACUGGCCAUCAAAAUGAAUUCCACAGAGGACCUGAGCUCUUCAUGAUUUCUUGUUCGAUCUAGAAUAUGAGAUCAGAUUUUGUGAGAUCAGAUUUUGUGGUAGCCCGUGGAUUUGGGCUCUUUUGAUGGUGUCUGGAUACUAUGACUGACUCUGCACGUUUACCGCCAAGAUGCCUGAUUGGGACGAGGGUGAUGCCGCCCUGUACUGUGGUACUCACUCCUGGCUCGCGCGAGCCGUCUCUGAGACUAUGCCGAAACCCUUUUGUACCAAUACUUACUCCGUAGACUAAGUUACUAUGCACUUAGCAGGGCUACAAAUUUCG